AUGUCCUCGAGCUCCCCGACUACAAGUGCGGCCGCGGCUGAUGGUGCUGCCGGAGCAGCCACGACAGUGGAGCAGUUCCGCAACGCCAUGGCGGUCUUCGAGACCUUUCCGCUUCUGGAUGACGACGACUUGCGCGUUCUGCUCAGGAGCCUGGGUUCGGUGCAGCUCCGCAGAGUGCUCGGCAUCGGGCACACGGUACUCAUGGGUACCGAUGCCCACUACGCGGCCCGGAUCUCGGCUCGCGACCGCACGCUCGAGCUGGCCCAGCAGCAGAUGCUGACGCAAGGGACAACGCCUUCGCCGAUGCCCGGACCGCUGCUCAAGAGCAUGGGGAAAGCCGCGGGCCCUCCGCUCAAGGCCAUGCCCGCCAAGCCGCCGAGCACCAGCCCGCCACCGAGCUCUUCAACGUCUCCACCUAAGCAGCCGACGGGGACGGAGCAGCCGAAGACGAAGGCCUCAAGUGUGGCCAAGGGCGUUCCGGCUACCACCACGCCCAAGAAGGCGACGAUCCAGGACCCGCCCGCCUCGCCGGCCAAAGCAAAGGCUGCCUCCGCAGCUCCGAUCGCUACGCCGGCCAAGGCCGUGGUUCAGCAGAAGCGACCGCCACAACGACCCAGCGACUACGACAGCACCUUGGCGGCAGUCUUCACCCAGCCGUACGUGGACACAGUGCCACAGGACCUUGAACUGAUGGCACCACCACCUUCGGCCUCGCCUUCGCCCGCUCCGCCUUUGCCGCCGCCCAGCUCACCGCCGGUGGAAGUUUUCUUCGACGAGCUGGCGCCCGACCUUGAGGACUUCCUGCAGGCUACGGCGGCUGCCUCGCAGCCAGUAUCCACCUCUGACGUCGAGGACGCCACGCCCGAGGACCCGGUGGAGCAGGACGACGACGGAGGCCAGGACGACGGGGACGACCAGGAUGAUGACGAUGACCAGCCCAGGGUCACCUCACGCAGGCUGCUGUGCGUGUCGCCCGCUCAGCCCGACCCGUCCUCCACGGCAGGAGCCUCGACAGCAACAGGGGCCAACGCCACAGCGGAGGACACCGACGAGGAUGAUGGGGCGCCCGGACCGAGUCAGCCGACUCCGGUGCCCGACCCGCCGGUGGCGAAAGCGUCGUUUCCUUCGCCCGCCGAGGUGUCCCGCGACCAGGCUCGCCUCGCUCGUCGCCGCGAUCGUGAAGAGCGGCUUCGCGCUUGGGAAGGGUGGCCUGAGCCAUGCGACUUGCUGACGGGCGAGACCAAUGUCGUUUGGAACUUGCCACCGGGCGUCCCGGCACAGCCUCCACCCGGCAAAUAUGCCGACCACCGCGUGGAAGGCUACUGCAACUUGGGCUGCGAGACGCGCAAAGCCGACCGCACGCCAGUAUGUCAGGGCCGGUGCUUUCGUCCCAUCAUCCGAACGCGAUCGGGGAAGGCGCUGAAGAGCGGGCCUUCUGAUUCUUCCAUGGUCAUACCACUUCACGCACAAGAAGCUGGACGCCCGCUCUGCGUAGCCGUUCUCUUCAAGGCUCAGGUUGUUUGCUCGUACGUUGUGCACGCGCGCGCACGCCACGCCAUGUCGGCUUUCGACUACCACUCGUUCGUGGACUUCAUGCAAGCAGCGGUUUCGGCCGGAUUGUCGUCGCAAACCAUCGACAAGAUGAGCGAGCUGGGGUUCGAAAGCAUACAUGAUGCGGCACUCCGCGCGAAGCACGUCGAUCAUCGACUCGCCGGUGAGAUCGAGGUCAUGUUGGUCACGUCGGGGUACAAAGACCACAUGGAAGCCAGCCAAGGGAGCGCCCCGCCCCGCGGACCCGCGCCGCGCUUCGACCAGCCUGCUCCGAGAACCUCAGCUGGCGGCAUGUUGAACAAGGCCUUGGCAGCCGCUGACCCGCUCAACUCGGAGGAGGCCUUGCGAGACUUUCGGGACAAUGUGUACGCCCGCUCCGCGCGAGCCCCGAAUGACGCUCGCUGGGUCACCUGGUGCAAAAUUUGCGCGGCCUGGGGAAUCAGCCCCGUGCCGCUGACCGCCGACACCAUCGAGAAGGUCGGCACGAGUUUUCGCAGCGGGGGCUACCGCAGCUCCGCUCAGUACUUCUCUCGGGCUCGCAAGGAGCACAUACAUGUCACGGGCCAGGCUGUCCCCCCGCCCGUGGAACUGGCGAUACGCGACGCCAUCAGGUCUAUCGAGCGAGGCAUGGGCACCAACUCCCCCAAGGACGCCUUUCGCCUCGACUCCCUCGACAUCUGCAUUGACCUGCUCGAGGAAGGGCUUCGCUUUCACCAUGCCAUGGUGGUCCUGGGAUCCUGGUUUCUUUGCCGCGAGAUCGAGCUCUCCGCGCUCCGGGUCAAGCACAUGACUCUCGAUUCCGAAAGAAAGCAAGUAUGCCUCACCCUGUCCGCGAGCAAGAACGACACCGUGGGGUCAAUGGUGCAGCGACGACACUCGUGCUAUUGCGGCACCAUCCCGGAGACGAUCUGCCCGUACCACGCGGCGCUCCGCAUCGCCGACCAGUGCUCUUCCGACUCCGAGGCCUUUAUUUUCGCAGCCGACACUGGCGAGCCCAUGACGAAGGCACAGACGAUCGAGGCGAUCCACGCAGUUCUCACCGCGGCCGACGUGCCGCUGACCAGAGCCGGAGCGCCCCUCGAGCCCGAGGUGAACAGGUUUGGGGGACACUGUCUUCGAGUCUCGGGCGCCCAACACCUGUGUCGCAUGAGAAUACCGGUGAGCACGAUCAUGUUGCUCGGGAGAUGGGGGAGUCGCGCGAUCGAGCGCUAUGUCCAGGACACCGAACUCGAGGACGCCCUCUACGGCAUCGCGGCCGCCGGCCUUCCGACUCUUCCGACUGGUCCUGCAGCCCUCAAGGACAAGACGCACGACUCCCCUCCCUGGACCCUCGUGCACAACCUGGAGGAGUCCGAGCCAGCGCCUCCGCCUCGACCGACGAAGAAAGCUCGCUCGACAAAGACAGACGCAGAGGACAAAGAGGCCGUGGCAGCAAUGAUCGGAUCGCUUGAUGACAUAGCCGCGCGCCUCGAGUCGAUCCAGGACAGGCCGGACCUGGUUUGCAAGCGCAAGGCACACAUGAGGGACCCCGAGGAGUCCUCACGACCGCCAGCGAAAUGGCGUGCUCGCUGCGGCUGGCCGUACGGCUACUCCAACUUCACCCGGGCACAUGACGAUGGUUCUCAGAACCUGUGCCUCAAGUGCUUCCCCGAGGCAGGGGCAGAAAGUCGCAAGAAGGCGGCCGGGCAGCAGCCGUCCGACACGGAGUCCACUGACAGCUACGUUGUCAUGGAUACCGGCCUGCGAGCACUUCUCCUGGACGCUGGCGCGUCAGAUGACCUGAUCGCCUACGUCGCGACCAAAGGCAUCCUCUCCACCGCGAUCUUCGCCGAGAUGGGCGAGGACGUGAAGGAGUUUGAUCAAGCUAUGGUACAGCCGCUCGCCUCGCCAUUCAAGCUCCAGGACGGCAAGGUGUUUGAAGUGAGUGACGCCGAGCUGCCAGUGGCUCGCGCAAGACUGCGCCACGCCUGGCGAAAGGCUCGCGAGAAGUCAGCACCAAACACGGCGAGCAGCUCCCCGACCACGACCGCAGCCGCAGCCACCUCGACUUCCAAGACAAAGGAGCUGCCGCCAGGGUAUUGGCAGCAGCAGAUACACAAGUAUGAAGCCGUGCUCAUACAUGGAGUUCCUCGCAAGUUCCCCGAGAUGACUCUCUUAGGAGCCGAGGCCGUCAUCGCGAAGCUCCUCAACGACGCCAAGAACCUCGCCCACAACGCGAUCCCCUUGGAGGAGAUCGUGCAGCACAGGCACUUCACCGCGGCGCUCCUCCCCAACACCCUGAGCUCAGCUCGCAAACGGGCCCGGUCACAGGAACAGGUCACCACUUUGGUCGUGAACGCCGACCUUCAGCUCGAGACCGAACCCGAGACGCCUUGGAAGCCGAAGAGCCAGGUAGCCAUUCUCGACUGCCUCGAGGCCAUUCGCGUCGCCCUGAUCUUCAUCGAGUACGCCCCGGAGAGCGACAUCGACGAGUACUUUUCAUGGUGGCAGCGGCUGGUGCGCAGCCGCCCCAACAAGAUCGACCAGCUCAAGAUCCACUGGGAGAAUACAUCGUGGCGCAUCGCUCUCGCGCUGCGCAAGAAGCAGCCUUUCAGGGACAUCGCGCACGAGAUCAUGGCCGACAGCCAGCUUCUCCAAGAGGCCAUGAGCACAGAAGUUCAGCCAGAUCGCCCCGCACGCGCCCCAAGGAACACCGAGACCCCUUGGCACGACAUCCCUCGUGGAGGCAGAGGCCGAGGCAAGGGUCGAAACGGCAAAGGCCAGCAGCGGUGGUGGGAGCGCUCGGAAGGCAAAGGGAAUGGCAAGGGUGGCGGAAAGCAUCGCUACCAACCUCAAUACGAUCGCCAGUGGAACCACUACCAAGGCCGCGGUCGCCAACAAGAGGAAGAUCGCCCACACUGGCAAGGUCACGGCAAAGGUCGCCAGCACGACGACGACAGAUCGCAAUGGUCGCCAUUGCCCCGCUCCCGAAGAUCUCCCGACGACGACAAGCAAAAGAUACCUCAGCCAGUGACGCUCCGCAGCAAGGCCGAGACCAUCCGCAUCAAGAACGGCGAUCGCCCGCCCGACAUCGUCAUGCUCAGUUUCUUCGAUGGCCUCGGCACCGCUUGUUUGAUUUGCGACGAGUACUGCAGCAGCAAUGGUCUCCAGUGGCGUGGCGCAUCGUGGGAGAUCGACCCCAACUUGAAGAAGCUGUUACAAGAACACUUCCCUGAAGUGGUGCAACGUGGCGACUUCGACCAGGAGACGCCCGAGUCUUUGCACAACUUGGUUCAGGAGCUUGACCCCGCGGGACGAGCGACUGUGGUCAUAGCAGGAGGCCCUCCAUGUCAUGACUUUUCACGCAUUCGCUCAGACGCGCCUGGUCACCAAGGUACGGAGGGAUCCAAGUUCGCUCGAUUCGCCCAGCUAGUGGUGGAUUUGGAAAAGAGAUGGCAAAGACCUCGCGCCGUCGUAAUGGUGGAGAACGUCAUCCCACAGAACAGAGCGGACAUGCGCAAGAUCGAGAAGUCCCUCGACUCGCCCGCCGUGGUCCAUGACGCCGCAGACUUCGGCACCAUAUCCCGACCAAGAGUCUGGUGGUGCAGGGUGCCAUGGCAGGAAAUCGCCCAUCGACCCGAUUGUCCUCUUCGCAUUCGGUGGACGACUAUGCAAGGCAUCCCACGAGUGCACUUCGACCUCGUCAAGGACGACCCGCACGCUUUUAAGACCGAAGGACUUUCUUUGCCGAGGUGCCUGGUCGAGGAGGGCAAGCCGCUCCCGUGUCUCACAACACCUUCAGACGACCCACAAGGACGCCCCGCUCCACGCAGCAGUAAGGGCAAGAUCAGCAGUGAAGCGAAUCAACGAUGGCGUGCCGAUCGACAACGAUUCGCUCCUUGGCAUUACGAAGCAGGUGUCAUGAUGGCGGACAGUCAAGGCCGCUUCGUGAUUCCUCCACCAUCGGUGAAGGAGCAAUGGCAUCACUUGCCACAAGGUUGGACCAGCAAGCUCUCCGAGCACGAGCGCCACAAAGCGCUAGCCAAUGGCUGGCACGCUGGAGCCGCGCGCCUGAUCUUCAUCAUGGCCAUGUUUGCCGCGACGCCCGCAAAGGCGGACAAGGAGCUCAACCCGCUAGGGGGAACCGCACUCGACAUAGCAGCUGGUUUGUGGCAAGGUCGCCCGCCACUCCUAGGCCCGGGACCUGGCGACUACGACUCCUUUGACCUCUCCUACCUGCAGGACCCCGCGGAGCACUGGAAGUUGUCACGACACAUGCCCCAUCCGGACCACCGCGACGCACUCAUGGAGCCCGGUUUGCAACAGUGGAUUCGCAUUUGGUUCCAGAUGCGUGCCCACUUGGCAGAACUACGCCUCGCAGUCGUGGAACAGGUCGAAGAGAUGGUUGCGGACAUGGAAGACGAGACCAGGUCUUGGUACCAGAGCCUCCGCCCUCACGUACAGAAGGCCUACCGGAGCACGACAGGAGUGUGCACCUUGCAGCUGCCCGCGCUUCGCAGAAUCUGUGAACUGUUUGGUUGGCAGGACCUUGGCAUUUUCGACGAGCUCACACAUGGUUUUCGACUUCUAGGACCUCUGGCUCCAGGACUCGGCUGGAAACGACGCAACGACGACCGCUACGCCAACCCUCUGGACCUCGCGGAGUUCAUGGUCAAGAACAAACAGUACGUCGUCGACAAGCUUCGUCGAUGCCGCGUCGACCCCUGCUGGAAACAGAUGGCAGACGAGAUAGCCGCCGAUGUGUCACUCGGGCGCAUGGAAGGUCCGUUCACCAGCCCUUCGGACUGGCCCUAA